CUUGGGUACAUACCUUUGGCAAGGCCCCUUCAGCAUAGGGAAGCGGCCAGUGCCUGCUAUACUCAGUGCCCACACGGCUCUUUGCUGAGGACACUUGCAUCAUGGCCACCCAAACCUUGCCCACCCCUGCCGUCGUUGCCGACAGUGCCGACAAGCUCGUGCGGGACCUCGAAGGCUCUGCGACGCUGCCCUUAUGGGCGCAGAUGGCCAAACUGAAUCCUGCCCUGCCCAACCCGAGGUGCACGCCCCAUGUCUGGCGGUACGACGAGGUCAGACCAUACCUUCUCCGCGCCGGCCAGGUUGUCUCGGAGAAGCAGGCCGAGCGGCGAGUCCUCAUGCUUGUUAACCCAGGCCGCAAUGAGGCGCCUUACACUACAGACACCAUCUAUGGCGGUCUGCAGCUGGUCAUGCCCAACGAGACUGCCGCGGCACAUCGGCACGUCGCCUUCGCGAUGCGCUUCAUCAUCGAGGGCAACGGCGGCUUCACGGCCGUACACGGCCGGCGUGUCCAGAUGAACCGCGGCGACGUCAUCCUCACUCCACGCUGGAACUGGCACGACCACGGCAAGGACGGCUCCGGCCCCAUGAUCUGGCUCGACGGCCUCGACCUGCCCCAGUUCCGCCACUUCCCCGUCCACUUUGUUGAGCACUUCAAGGACCCGCGUUACCCAGCCGAGGACAUCGACACCGAUGCCUCGCCCAUUGUCUUCAAGUGGCACAAGAUGCAGGCUCGUCUUGACGCCCAAGCCGGCGACUGGGCCUCCCAGAGAUACACAAGGAACGACGGUAGCGAGGUCAGCAAAACGCUCGGCGCCGCCGCGGAGCGCGUCACGGCCGGCAAGUCCAGCCCGAUCCGACAGGAGACAGCAUCAAGCAUGUACCACGUGGUCAGCGGGUCCGGACGCACCAUAAUCUACGGCCCGGACAACGAAGAGGAAAAGCUCACAUGGAAGCGCAACGACACCUUCUGCAUCCCGACCUGGGCCAGGUUCCAGCACUUUGCGGACUGCGCCGAUGGGGCGGGCGGGGCGGGAGACGUCUACCUGUUCCGCUGCGACGACGUGCCCAUGAUCACGUCUCUGGGAUUCUACCGGACUUCUGAAGAUGAUGCGGAGGGGCUUGUCAGCCACUGAGGUUUUCAGAUUGUUCGAGCUCAUGUAGAAAUAAACCAAUACUGUCCUUCUCGG